AUGCCCUCCAUCCUUAGUGAUGCCGACAAGGAAACCGUUAAGCGGAACGUUCCCAAACCCGCAAACAAGAUCCUCGCCGUAGCUGUCGCGCGACUCUACGUCGCCUACCCGGAUCCACAGAAAUGGACAUAUACCGGAAUCCAAGGCGCUGUUGUCCUCUGCAAUGACCUCGUGGGAAGGACUUUUUGGCUUAAAAUAGUCGAUGUCUCGCCCGCUAGCAGGGGCGUGAUCUGGGACCAGGAGAUCUAUGACAACUUCCCUUACAACCAGGACCGAACCUUCUUUCAUACAUUCGAGCUUGAAGCCUGCCCCGCCGGCCUGUCCUUCGUCGAUGAGAAGGAGGCCAAGACAUUUAUCAAGAAGGUGCAGGAGCGCGAGAAACACGCAAGCAAAGAGACAUCCAAGACCCCUUUCGCAUCUAGUCGAGGCCAGGGACCUGCUCCUGUUUCCAAUGGGAAAGUAGGACGGUCUCUGUUUGGCAGCUUGUUACAUCGUUCAACCCCGGCUCCAAGUGCACCGCCGCCAGCACCUGCACCUUCCAUACAGGUUGCUCCUCCACCUCCGACGCUGGCCCCAAGCGCGCCACCAGCUAAGCCAGAUUUGCCAUUUGAUACAAGUGACCCCUCUUGGAAAGGACUACUGGAUGAACUCAAGGGGAUGGGAAUUACCGAAGACCAAAUCGCCGAGAAUUCCGACUUCAUCAAAGCUUGGAUUGACCAGAAGCAGGCAGCGGCCGCCGAGCCUGCUCCCAUGGAGGAUCAGAAUAAGCCAAAGGCUGCUCCUCCCCCGCCGCCGCCUUCUGCACCUCCCGCUCCGAAAUUGACCACGAUCAGUCCCCAAGAUACGGGUUCCAGCUCGACAAGCAGACGGGGACCGCCGCCGCCGCCCCCGUCACGGAAAGCACGCUCUGAAGCACCAGAGGAACCGGCUUCCCUCCCUCCUCGUGAGCCAUCUCCGCCUGCGCGAAGAUUCAAUGCGCCGCCUCCGUUUGCAGACGCAGGAAAAUUCGCUGAACCCGCCGGCCCUGUACCUCCGCGGCGUCCUCGCGCAACCUCGAACGUCAAUGCUGGACCUCCGCCGCCCCCACGACCACCUAAAACACCGAUGGACGAUAAUCAUCAUAAUCAACCGAGUCAAUCACGAUUUGGGGUACCACCCGCUUUCUCUGGUGAUCGCAAGGUGUCUGCGCCACCAGCCCCCCCAAGCCGCAGCCCUAUACCAGGCGGGCCUCCCCCUCCGCCGCCUCGUACAGCGAGCCCAGCAGCACCACCCCAACUGCCUCCCAAAGUGCCGCCCAUGGCCGCCGGACCUCCUCCUCCACCUGCCAGGAGCCCCGUUUCACCUCCACUUCCACCCCCACCAGCCCCUCGACCCGUGCCAGCUGCGCCAUCUUCUCCUGCGGCAGCUCCUCCUCCGCCGCCAAGAGGACCAGUUUCGCCUCCCCCCGCCCCGCCCUCGGCACCUUCGUAUUCUCCUAGCAUUCCUCCUCCGCCGCCGCCUGGCUCUGCAGCACCUGGUGGGCCCCCGCCUCCUCCGCCCCCGGGUCGUGGUGGCCCCUCAAUGCCUCCCCCUCCCCCUCCUCCAGCACCUGUUUCAGGGGGACCAGGUGGGCCACCUCCGCCGCCUCCACCCCCGGGACAUCCUGGAGGUGGCGCUCCCCCUCCGCCGCCUCCGCCUGGCGGUGCUGCGCCACCAUUGCCAAAGCCCACCGGUGGCCGCGAAGAUCUGCUAGCGUCGAUCCGAGCUUCUGGUGGAAACAAAGCUGGAGUCUUGCGCAAGGUCAAGGAUACUGAAAAGAAAGAUCGAAGUAACGCCAUGGUACCCGGUGCUGCUAGCGAGUCUUCAGCUGCAACCCCCAGUGCAGGAGGCGCUCCACAAGGUGGUUUGGCCGGCGCAUUGCAAGAUGCUCUCAACAAGCGUAAACAAAGAGUCAGCGGAAGUGAUGAUGAGAAGGACAACGAUGACGAUUGCAUCUGUCUCCAGAUGCUUCCACAUACAGCCUUCGACAACCAUAAUAUCCUACAACUGAAAUACCGCAAGCCAAUACCAGGAUCUCCAGCAGCAAAUUCUUACACGAGCUGGGAACCAACAAAAAAGUGGGAACCCCGCAAACCGUACCGUCUAUACAAACAAUCCGACUCCAAGGAUGAGGAUCGGAAAAUACGACGUCGAUACGAUCUCGCAUCUAAAUGCAACACAUUAAGAUUAAAUAGUCCUACGCGCAAUAGGGCCGCAAGAUUGGCCAGUUUCCAGGACAGCGGGAUGACCACAUUCCAAGGUUUUAGUUUAGAUGAAUACUGCAGUAUCACACAAGAGGAAGAACAGGUUCUUCUGGACUACGAAGCACGUCUCAUUGAAAAACAGCGUUGCGGCUUCAAGCGGCACUUACGCACAUGCAACGAAUGUCGUUUCCAACGUGGUAACCUCGCAUCUGUUGUACAGGGAGGUCCUGGCAAGACACCCGUAAUACGGAGCCGUCAGUUGCGAUUCGACACUUCCUUGGACCGAUGUUUCCCCGGUAUUUCCACUAUAAUGAGCAGCACUAGGCCGGCGAAUGCCCCUUUUCAAAACAGGUUUCACUACGACGCUUUUGAUGGUCUCUGGACUAUGUAUAUGGCACGAUGCCAUGGGUGCUCGAGCUGGCAGGAAUUGCGCGCGUUUCGUCUUGGUUCCACUUUCAUUCACUGGAAACCUACCGUCUCUGGGUUCCAAAACUGGGACGAAGCCGAGAUCAUCGGAACUUGCGUUGACGGGCCGACCUGUAACCAUUGUUUUGCUAAAGAUCAUGGAUCUGAAAAGCUUCGUGUAGUACUUGGGAAAUGGUUGGACUUCUGCUUGGAGAGCGAGCGAAGGCGACUAGCAUUUACGCUUUUGGGUGCAUGGGAGAGGUUGUUAAAGCGAUACCGGAAGCUUGAGAAGGUAACCCCGAUCAAGGAGGUUAAAGAUGUCGUUUUGGAUGUUAUGCCUGUUGUUGCAAAGGUUAAGACCCACGAUUAUCUCAGAAUUGACCUCGCCGAUAUCUUGACAUUGAGGCUGGCCUUUCGUAAGUGGGUUACCGUGUGGGAAAACUUACACCCCGAGGAUCGAAGUUUUUUGGAACACAGUGCCUGGGAUGAAAGCUGCAAGCAUUUCUGGCUGUGGUUCGAGAAUUAUCAUGCAAUUGAGGCACACUUGAUCUGGGUGAUUCAAUGCCAAGAGGACAUGAUGGGAAAGGACAAGGGUGAUGAACUGGUUGACUGGGCACUAAGUCGGGAAGGAAAUGCUUUGACUUAA